AUGGAUCACAGCAAUAUGGAUAUGGGCGGCAUGGAUCAUGGAUCCUCCUCCAAUAACUCAGCAGUUUCUGCCCCUUCGUCCAUGGGAGGUAUGGGCGGUAUGGGAGGCGGUCGCAAAUGCAAGAUUUCCAUGCUCUUCAAUGUUAAUACGAUUGGAAGCUGCUUCUUGACGGAUCAAUGGUACAUUGAAACUGCUGGCCAGUUUGCAGGUGCCUGUAUCGCCACGUUUAUCCUCGUGGCUUGUCUCGAGUUUCUGCGUCGCUCGGCGCGCGAGUACGACCGCUUCAUUGUCCGACAACAUCUACAACAGUUCCAGUCUACCACAAGCACCAGUGCAAAGACGACUGGUUCGGUUGGUAGUGGCGAGGCGGCUGUUGGCAAUGCCUGCGCUGUGCCUCCACUAAGACCGUCUGUUUUGCAGCAGGCAAUCCGCGCCUUUUUGCAUAUGUUGCAAUUUAGUCUGGCCUACAUUGUCAUGCUGUUGGCCAUGUACUACAAUGGCUAUUUGUUCCUUUGCAUUGUGCUCGGAUCCUUUUUCGGCUUCUACGCGUUCAACUGGGAGUCGAUUCCUGUUGGAGGCUCACAGUCCCAGAGUGGUAAACAGGAAGCCACAGUUUGCUGUGGUUAG